AUGCAGUCAAAUAUUGGAUUUAUUGAAAAAUUCCGUUGGCGUUUAAAAGUCUACGAACACAAAUACCAACAAAAUCGACUGGCCACUGCAGAAACGUUAAUUGUAGAGACUGAAUAUGGAAAAGUAGAAGGCAUUAAACGCUUAAGUAUUUACAACAUUCCUUACUACAGCUUCGAGGGUAUACCUUAUGCCCAACCACCUGUGGGUGAGCUACGCUUCAGAGCACCUCAAAGGCCAACUCCAUGGGAGGGUGUGCGAGAUUGCAAAAGCACCAAAGAAAUGGCGGUACAAACACAUAUCAUAACUGGAAUACUGGAAGGAUCUGAAGACUGUCUCUACCUCAAUGUGUAUACGAAUAAUACUCUGCCUGAUAAGCCGCGCCCAGUUAUGAUAUGGAUACAUGGUGGUGGACUUUGUACUGGAGAGGCGACACGUGAAUGGUAUGGACCUGAUUAUUUCAUGCAAAAAGAUAUUGUGCUUGUGACAAUGCAAUAUCGGCUAGGAGUAUUGGGCUUCCUUUCGCUGGGCACACCCGAACUCAACGUACCUGGAAACUCUGGUCUGAAAGACCAAGUAUUGGCUAUAAAAUGGGUGAAAAAUAAUUGUGCGAGAUUCGGUGGCAACCCCGACUGCAUAACUGUGUUCGGUGAAAGUGCUGGUGCGACGUCUGCGCAUUGUAUGAUGCUCACUGAACAGACACAAGGUCUUUUCCAUCGCGCCAUUCUAAUGUCGGGUACGGCGCUACCCCUAUGGGAGACAGAGGAUCAAAAAUAUCGUGCUUUCGAUCUCGCAAAAUUAGCUGGAUAUAAGGGUGUCGAUAACGAUAAGGAUGUGUUGGCAUAUUUGCGCAAGUGCAAAGCGAAAGAUUUAAUUGCGCUCGAAGGUCGUACACUUACUGCGGAGGAUCGUGCACGUAACAUAUCUACGCCAUUCGUAUAUUGUGUAGAACCGUAUGUGACACCUGAAUGUGUUAUACAAAAGCCGAUAAGGGAAAUGAUGAGAACAGCGUGGGGUAAUGCGAUACCGUUAUUAGUUGGUCAUGCGUCAGAUGAGGGGCUGAUCUUCUUGCAAGGCGCUAAGAUUUUAGCAAGCAUAGCCCAGAGACAGAAAAGUUAUUCAUUAAAACCAUUUGUACCUUAUGAAGUGGCGGACAGCGAAGAUAAUGAAAAAUUUGAACAGAAACUGAGAACGUCGCAUGUGAGCGGCAAAACUCCAACAGUUGAGGAAUUCAAAAAUAUCAUCGCCUAUGCAUAUCUGCACUUUCCACUCUACCGACUAAUACGCUCGCGCUUGACAUAUGCGGCUGGCGCGCCCCUCUACCUAUAUCGCUUCGAUUUUGAUUCCGAAGAAUUGCCACAUCCCUAUCGUAUUCUACGCAAUGGCCGUGGUGUAAAAGGCGUAGCGCAUGGCGAUGAACUUUCCUAUAUAUUUACAAACCUAUUUUCCUGCACAUUAUCCAAAGAGAGUCGUGAGUAUCGCACCAUUGAACGUAUGGUAGGCUUUUGGACGCAAUUUGCACAAAGUGGUAAUCCAAAUAAUGAGGAAAUUCCUGGUAUGGCAAACUUAACAUGGGAUCCACUGAAGAAAAGUUCACCGAAAUUAAAUUGUCUGAAUAUAAGUGAUGAUUUGAAACUAAUCGAAUGGCCGGAAUUGGCCAAAGCGAAGGUGUGGGCAAACGCUUACGAUGCGCAUAAAGAAUUAUUGUAUUGA